UACGCAUUUGAAGAUCGCGUAUUUUAGGAAGCGUUGUUAUUCAGACACAGACGCACAAAACAGAUAAAAGUGUUUCUGUAUGAUCAUUUAUACACGCAUUAUCUACGCAAAGUACGUAGCGUUUGCGUGCACGCGCAUUGUUUUCGUAACUCGAUUCGGCUUGAUUUACUGUGAAUUAAAGAGGCGUGUUAGAUGCACUGUUAGUAUUCUAGGCUGGGGUUGGUUGUUGGUUAGUGCUGAAAUUGUCAAAGCGGAAGCAAACCGUACAGAAACACGCUGGAAAUCAUCAUUUAGUCAUGUGCCUUAAUUUCAAAUGGUACCAAAACUUAUAAGCAUCGAAGACUCAUGAAGAAAAGUCUCAUGUAAGAACAUUUCAACUUUCUUAGAUGAGAUGGCAGCAUUGGAUAGUUUGGCUGUUCUACAGAGCUCUGUGCUUGUGGCCCCUGUCACUGCUCUGGAGUUUCUUGGAGAUGACUACUUGUUGACCGGUGAGGGCCCCAUCCUGUCCAUCUAUUCUCUCCAAGCUUCACCCGCACAAUGUGCGUCACUUAGUCUUCUCCAUAACUGCCGUAUACAUGGAAUAAGGCCCAAGCUGCUAAAUAAUGAAGGUCACAUCACUGUUCCUGAACUGGUGGAACUAGUCAUUUUUGGCGGGAAAACAGUACGUCUUAUUAACGUCAGGCCUAAUGACCUUAGUUUGGAGGUAGCUGGCCCUCUUUUGGAGCUCCAGGAUUGGGUGCUAGAUGUUUCUUGGUUAAGCGGAGAGACCAGAUCAUUACUAGGCAUAUGUCUGGCUCACAACGCUGUGCUUCUUUUAGAGCCACAAUCUGGAAACAUAAUUUCUCUUUGCUCUUGUGUAGAGGUGUGCCUUCUUUACUCUGCACUUUUGAUUGGUCCAAGCUGGGAAACAUCAGUGCUGGUGGGGGGGACUGUCUUCAACCAGCUGGUCCUGUGGAGACCUGGAGGGACCAAAGGAGUCAGCCAGUCCCAAGUAGAAAGACGGAUGCUUGGGCACAGUGGUGUGAUUUUCAACCUGUGCUACCUCCAGAGUUCCAGAUGGUUGGCUUCUGCCUCAGACGAUCGUAGUGUUCGUGUCUGGGAUGUUGGUGUGCUGGGCGCAGAUGGAGGGUGUGGAAUAGAAUCACCUACAUGUCUGCGAGUUCUCUAUGGCCACCAGGCUCGUGUUUUCUGUGUCAGACUCUCACCUGGCUAUGUGUUCAGUGCUGGAGAAGAUGGUGCUUGCUUACUAUGGGAUUGGGAAGGGAAUGGGAGGGUGGGUCGAACUUUAAGGGGUCAUAGAGCUGGUGGCAUCAGAGCACUAGCUGUGAGUAAAGGGGGUGGAUGGGUGGCUACAGGAGGGGCUGAUGGGGGAAUACAGGCAUGGAGAGUUUUGGAGGGAAACAGACAGAUGAAGCAGAGCAAAGAGGGAGAUGGCCAGACUGAUUUAGGUUUCUGUGGGCAAGGUUGCCCUAAGGUUGUGCAUUCAGUAGGAGGUUGCGAUGCUGUGAUAGUUUGCACUGAUCAUGGUGAAGUGUUUUUACAUCAGGAUGAAUCGUGGCAGGCAGUUUGGAAUGGUGGUCCAGAAUUUAAGUCUUAUUGUGUAAUGGAAGUAGCACAUGUCCACUUCCAGGAUACUUUUUUGUUUUUAUGUGCAGUAGGUAAUCUUACUGGAGGGAUUCAGGUGUUUGUUCUAGACUAUCCAAAUUCAGGUGUAUUGUUGCAAGCAGGCAAGGGGAAGGUUCACACUUUGCAAUGGGUGGAAGGGGAUCAUUUGUGCCUUCUGGCUUCUGCUGCUGAAGGACUGGUGUAUAGAUGGACAGUAGAGGUGGAGAGGAUAGAUUCUGGUCUGGGUUUAAGAUUAAAGGAGUUAAAAUCUUUCCUUUUGCCACCCUGUGCCAAGAGAUGGCUCACUGCUGCAGUCAGGCUGCCACAUGGAAACGGGUCAUUGUGGGUAUGUGGAGAUCGCCGUGGUUCACUGCUGCUCUACAGAGAAGGGGAAUUAGGUGAAGUGAGUGAAGUGGGUAGAGAGAACAGAGAAGGAGGGAGUGAGGAAGAGCAAGGAGUUUGGAGGAAUGAGAACAGUUGGCCCGAGUGUGCUGUGAAGGACUUUGCUGCACCCAUUUCCCCUGUCAACACACUGUUUGGUGUCCAUGGGAAGCAAGGCGUGACAAGUGUAUGCGAGCAUCAUGGUUUGUUUUAUAGUACCGGUCGGGACGGAUGUGUGCGGGUUCUGACAGUAUGCAAGAACACUCUAAAGGUGCGGCGUGUUCAUCGUGCCAGCAAAGGAAUGGAGUGGCUAGAAAAGGUCCUCUUCUUGGGUUCUGAUAUAUCUGACCUGUAUGAGGUCAACAAGAGAAUCAUACAGGAAGACAGUGAGGAGGCAGAGACAAGUAUGACAGAAAAAGUGCUAAAGGAUGAAGGAGUUGAUAGUAAAGACAGAGAGGGUUUGAACAAUGAAGCAGAAUUGAAGAAGUCCAUGGAAAACAAAUUGGAAGACAACAAAUUGGAAGACAGUGGGAGUGAAAGUGUUGCAGAGGCUCAUUUUGUAAUGGUUGGCUUCCACUCUGACCAGUUUGUUUUGUGGGAUCCAUUAAGACGAGAGAAACUUUUCUCAGCUCCAUGUGGAGGAGGACACAGGUCCUGGGCUUACAUUUCCCCUUCUCACACUCAAACACUGCCAUCCUCAGAAAGUCUCAGAGAAGGUACACUUAUUUUCAUCAAGCAAGGAACUGUCAUGAUUUCUCGUUCCUUGACUUCCACAACAAUGCAGGUAAGAGGACACACCCUGAAGGAUGGACUUCAUGGCCGAGGCCUGAGUUGCGUCUGCCACCUUGGUAGUAUUUCCAGAGGCAGAGCAUCAGCUGAAGAAUGGGAGGUGCUAGUUACCGGUGGCGAGGACACCACAGUGACAGUGCUUGCCAUUGAACCUGGACGUGGCACAGUGAAAGUGCUCACUGUUUUAGCUGACCACAUUUCAAGUGUUCGGACACUGACUGCAGUCCAAAGACGAGUAGGAAACACUGACAGGAGGACAAAUACAUCAUCUUCAUUUUCAACACUACUUUUUUCUGCUGGUGGGAGGGCACAAUUACAGUGCUACCGGCUCCUGAUUAGUUGGGAUGAGCAAAAGAACUGGCCUAACUGUCAGGUUACUCAGGUUGCUGGUCACAGAUUGGAUGAGCACUGGGAGAAAAGACGGAAUCGCCACAAGACUGUAAAAAUGGACCCUGAGACAAGGUACAUGUCAAUGGCUGUGGUGCAUGAAAACAUGGAGGAGAUUCUCCUGGCACUCGCCUGCAGCGAUGGAGCAGUAAGGAUUUUCACUGUGGGAGAAGACAGCAGGAAGGUUGAGUUGCUCUGGGAGAAUUUUUACCAUCAGCGGUGUGUGCUUACUGUUGCUUCUUACAGCUUUGAAGACCUGCAGGGCAAGCAGCAUGUGUUGUUGUUUAGCGGGGCUACAGAUGGUGCUCUAGCUCUGUGGGAUCUGACUACAGUGUUGGACAGUAAAUCCAAGGACAGCUGGCACGGUCCAUCAGCUCCUUGCUUCUCUCUCCCAGUUCAUCAAAGUGGAGUAAACACCCUUGUAAUAUCUAAUAAAGAGAGACAAACGGACAAAGACAUCAUUACGGUGGCUAGUGGUGGAGACGAUGGUCAGCUGUCAGUAAUGAGGAUUCGAGUGCAACUUCAUCAAAAGGUUGUGCUUCCAGAGCUGCUCUCUCAUUGGACAGUAGCGCUAGCACACUCUGCCCCUCUAACAGCUCUAAGUGCUUAUAACUGUGCGACAUUGGUGUCCACGUCUCCAGACCAGCGUGUGUGUGUGUGGCGUGUGUGUUGCGAUGGAAUUCGGCACUUAGUGACAACGUUCUCACACACAGCAGAUGCUGCAGGUCUGUGUGCCUGGCACAAGGAAGGGUCAAAGUUACAGAGCGGAGACUAUGUGGUGCUUUGUGGGCAGGGCUUGCAACUCUUGAAGUUAACAGAAGGGAAAGACUCAGAGAGAAUAAUAAAGGAAGAGGAACGACAGAAAGUAAUAUUUGCAGACUAAGCAGCAGUAGAAGCUGUUCAAAUAUUAUAUACUUGAUUCAGAGGAAUGACCAAAGCUCAGUGCACACUGACUUUUGCUGUACAUUUUAACAUUAAAAAUAAAAAAGUUUUUAAUUUA